UCUCCGGUUUACUGUAUGCUCUAAAGCAGCUUCUUGAACAUUGACACUUUUACUCUUUUAGCUUUCAACUGGGUUUUCUAUAUAUAACCCCAUGCUAUUAAUGGAUAAUUAUGUCUGAAGAGGAAAAUAAGGUUUCCGACGAACUUUUCAAAGAUGUCAAAUUCUACGUGGUAGGGGACAUUGACCAAAAGGUGGUGCAGCUGCUGAAGGCAGGAAAAGGGAAGGAGGUGUCCUACAAUGCUCUGGCCACUCACAUCAUCGCAGAGGACGGGGACAACCCCGAGGUGGGCGAGUCAAGAGAGGUUUUUGACCUGCCUGUUGUCAAGCCUUCCUGGGUGAUCCUCUCAGUCAGAUGUGGAGACCUGUUGCCAGUUACUGGAUUUUCCCCAGAAUCAGGACAGAUAUUCUUUGGUGUGACAGCUUGUCUUCCUAGGCUUCCAGAUGAUCUUAAUGCUUUGUGGGCCUACAUAACCUUUUAUGGGGGAGAAUGUCAACUAAACCUCAACAAGAAGGUCACCCAUUUAGUAGUGAAGGAACCAAAGGGGGCCAAGUUUGAGUGUGCCCUGAAACACCCGGGAAUCAAGAUUGUCACCCCAGACUGGAUAACAGAUUCAGUUAAAGACAAAGGCAGAAAAGAUGAGACUCUCUAUCACCCCAGACUCACAUACGUGGAGCCUGAGGAAGAGGAGGAGAGUGAAACAGAGUCAUAUGACCAGCACUCCCAGUCAGAUGGAAGCUACAGCCCCCGGCGAUCCCGGCUGUCCAGUGGCGGCUCGUCUGGCGAGGAGUCCAGCCCCCGCAGACGACCAGGGCCCAAAAAACUGAACUCAGUCUCCCCAACCUCUCCCUGCAAACCCGAGCGCCGCAGCGAGCGCAUGUUCGACGACUCUGACGAUGACUCCUUCACAGAAAAGGAGGGCACCAACCUCAACUGGACGCCGGCUGAAGUAGUCACGCCGACACCCCCUAUUCCGACUGGCACGGCAAGACGGCGAGCGGGGCCACCCGGCAGCAAAGAGCCGGUGUCAUCCACAGGCAGUGGGCUGAUUAACCUGUGUGCCACGGUGCCUCCUGUACCUGGCAGCGGAGGAGCCCUGCCUGCAGAGGCUCGCUCGGCUGCUGCCACCGUCAGCCACACCACACAGCAAGGUGUACCAGUUCCAGAGGGCAUCCCUGGGUGGAGCCCAGCUGCUAGAACCCUUCGCAACAUCACCAACAACUCUGACAUGCAGCCAGCUAAUCGACCUGCCAACGUAGCACAUAUCCUCCAGAAUCUGACAGCAAACCAGACAAAGCCACUGGAGCAGCAGACCAAUCAGAGCCAUGCUCAGACCCCAAACAGUACCAACCCUCUUCUGUUCAAUCAGUCCAAGCUGGCCGGCCAGCCGCUCACAGCGGAGCAACAGCUACUGCAACAGCAGCAGUCUCACCAGGCUGCCCAGCAGCAACACCAACAGUUACCACAGCAACCGCAGCAUCCCAUGAUGCACCUCCAACAGCAGCAUCAGAUGAUGCAGCUCCAUCACCAACAGCAACAACAUCAACAGCAACAGUCGCAGGUGGCACAGCAACAAGGCUUUGCACAGUUGCCCCAACAGCAGCAACAGUUUCUGCAACAGCAGCAGCAAAUGCACCAACAGCAGAUGUUCUCACAGCAGCAGCAGCAGCAGCAGCAGCAGCAGCAGCAUGCAUUCUCCCAGCAGCAACUGCGGCCCCAGCAGCUCCUGCGGCCCGGUUUACAGCAGCUGCAGCAGCAACAGGCACUGCAACAACAGCUGCAGCAGUUCCAACAACAGCAGCAACGCAUGCAGAUGUUACAGCAGCAGCAGCAACAACAGCAACAGCAGAAUCAACAGCAGUUACACCAACAGCAUCUCCAGCAGCAGCAUUUCCUACAGCAGCAGCAACACAUGCAGCAGAUGCAGCAGCAGCAGCAACAGCAGCAGCACCUGCAGAAUCAGCAGCAGCAGCAGCAGCAGCAGCAGCAGCAGCAGGCUGUGCAACACCAGAAUCAGCAGGCCCUGCAGCAGCAACAGCAACAGCAACAGCAGCAGCAGCAGCAGCAGCAGCAGACGACGCUGCAGCCUCAGCUCCAGCAGCAGCAGCAGCACAUCUCCCAGCUGUUUGGACACGAGCCGGGACAAGAAAUUCCACAGGAUGGCUUCCUGCUCGGCUGCGUGUUUGCUAUCGCUGACUACCCCGAACAGAUGGCUGACAAACAGCUCCUGGCCACAUGGAAGAGGGUUAUCCAGGCGUGUGGAGGUGCUGUUGACCCCACCCUGACCAGCCGCUGCACUCACCUGCUGUGUGAGAGUCAAGUCAGCAACAUGUAUGUACAGGCACUCAGAGAGGGAAAACGCUGUGUAACGGCCCACUGGCUCAAUACUGUACUGAAGAGGAAGAGGAUGGUUCCUCCUCACCGAACUUUACAUCUGCCCUUCGCCUUCCCUCCAGGAGCCAAACCCUGCUCCCAACACAUUAUUUCAGUGACAGGUUUUGUGGAUGCUGACAGAGACGACCUGAAGCUGAUGGCCUACCUAGCCGGUGCCAGAUACACGGGGUAUCUGUGUCGCAGUAACACCGUCCUCAUCUGUAAAGAACCCAGUGGGCUCAAAUAUGAGAAGGCCAAGGAGUGGAAGAUCCCGUGUGUGAACGCCCAGUGGCUGUGUGAUAUCCUGCUGGGCAACUUCGAAGCACUGCGACAGAUUCAGCACAGCAGAUACUCCAUCUACACACACCCUGAACCACUGGUGCCUAACCCACAGCUGGUGCAGAACCUGCUGGCUGCCUGGAGGACGCCGAUUAAAGUGUCUUCUGAAGCUUUGGCGAGUCUCCAGCUGCUCCAGAGGCAGAAGAUAUCCGACUCCACCAACCAGCCUGCAAGCAAGAAGGCCAGGCUGGAGGAGAUCCAGUCUCCCAAUAAGAAGCUUCCUCCAGAGUCCACGCCCAGAGUCAUGUUCACAGGCUUUGAGCCCACACAAGUACAGCAGUACACAAAGAGGUUACAUGCUUUAGGUGGCGAAGUAGCAGACAACAGUCAGAAAGUCACUCACCUGGUGGCCAGUAAGGUGACUCGCACCGUCAAGUUCCUCACCGCCAUGUCUGUGGUCAAACACAUUGUCAGCCCGGAGUGGCUGGAGGAGAGCUGGAGGAGCCAGAAGUUUGUGGAUGAGCAGAGCUACACUCUGAGGGAUGCAGAGGCCGAGGUUUUGUUUGCCUUCAGUUUGGAGGAGUCGCUAAAGAGAGCCCACAGCGCUCCGCUCUUCAAGGGGAAGUACUUCUACCUCACCCCGGGAAUCUGCCCCAGCCUCAGCACCAUGAAGCCCAUCCUGGAGAGCGCUGGGGGGAAGCUGCUGGCCAAACAGCCCUCCUACAGGAAGAUCAUGGAGCAUAAACAGAACAAGAACCUUCCAGAAAUCAUCUUAAUUUCCUGUGACAAUGACCUCCACCUCUGUAGAGAAUACUUCUUGAAAAACAUUGAUGUCCACAACGCCGAGUUCAUCCUGACCGGAGUUCUCACCCAGAAACUCGACUAUGACUCGUAUAAGUUCACUUGAUGAUGAAGCUUCGAUGGCAUGAAGAUGAAGAGGAGGAAGAGAUCAGGAAGCCACCUGUGUACAGUCCAGCCACACUGACUUUUCUAUGUUUUUAUUUCUGUGCAUAGAUCUCCAGUCAUUUUGUAGCUUUUUGUUACCUGUUUGAGAAUAAAUAAAUGGAUGUUAUUUUUAUGAAACAAGUGUUUAAAUUAUGGAGGAUUUUAACCUUUUUCUUGUUGUUUAAAUAGAAUGUGUAAAGGCUUCAGCUCGUACAUGCUGCUUUUUGAAAUAAAAACU